AUGAGUCGCAGCAUCGUGCGGCAGAGCAAGUUCCGUCACGUCUUCGGCCAGACGAUGAAGGCCGAGCACGGCUAUGACGACAUCCGCGUCUCCCGGGUGACGUGGGACAGCUCCUUCUGCGCCGUCAACCCAAAGUUCCUGGCGGUCAUUGUCGAAUCCAGCGGGGGAGGAGCGUUCCUGGUCCUGCCCCUCUCGAAGUCGGGUCGUGUGGGCAAAGACUACCCGCUGGUGGUCGGCCACGCCGGGCCCGUCCUGGAUAUCGACUGGUGCCCGCAUGACGACAACAUCCUGGCCAGUGGCUCGGAGGAUUGCACUGCAAUGGUUUGGCAGAUCCCAGAUCAUUCUCUGACCCGCCCCCUCUCCGACCCAGUGGUGAUCCUGGAAGGACACUCCAAGCGUGUGGGCAUCGUCACCUGGCACCCGACCGCACGCAACAUCCUCCUCACUGCGGGCAGUGAUAACCUGGUAAUCGUCUGGAACGUGGGGACGGGCGAGCCUCUCGUCUCCAUGGACGACCACCCGGACCUCAUCUACAGCAUCAGCUGGAACCGAAAUGGCAGCUUGUUCUGCACCACCUGUAAGGACCGACGGCUGCGUGUCUGCGACCCCCGCAAGAGGGAGGUGGUUGCGGAACGUCUGGCUCCGCACGACGGGAUCCGGCCGAUGAGAGCCAUCUUCACCAGAGACGGGAACAUCUUCACCACCGGAUUCACCAGGAUGAGCCAGAGAGAGCUCGGGCUCUGGGACCCGACGAACUUCGAGGAGCCGAUUGCCCUGUUGGAGUUGGACACGAGCAACGGAGUGUUGUUACCAUAUUAUGAUGCCGAUGCAAACAUGGUCUACCUCUGUGGGAAGGGGGACAGCAGUGUCCGUUACUUUGAGAUCACAGAGGAGCCGCCCUACGUCCACUACCUCAACACCUUCAGCACCAAGGAGCCGCAGAGGGGGAUGGGCUUCAUGCCAAAGAGAGGAGUGGACGUCAGCAAGUGUGAGAUCGCCAGGUUAUUCAAGCUGUUGGACAAGAAGUGUGAACCCAUCACAAUGACAGUGCCCAGAAAAUCGGACCUCUUCCAGGACGACCUGUACCCAGACACAGCCGGGCCCGAGCCCGCCAUGGAGCCCGAGGAGUGGAUGGACGGCCGCGACGAGGACCCGAUCCUCAUGUCCAUGAAGGAGGGCUACGUGCCGCCAAAGAGCCGAGAGCUCAAAGUGGCGAAGAAGAACAUGCUGGACUCCAGACCCACCACCCGACGUAGCCUGUCCACUUUGGACACCAACAGCAUGCCACCUCAGUUGCUCGACAGGUUGCUGGAGGAGAUUCAGAAUCUGAAGGCCACAGUUUUGUCUCAGGAGAAGAGAAUCUGUGACUUGGAGAAUAAGCUUUCGCAGUACACCAAUGGCACUGCCUGA